ACUCGAACCAUGCCCUGUGGCUUUGUUUGCGUUCCUUAUCUGUGUCUACUGUUCUCUCUCUCUCUCUCUGUGUUGAAUCUCCAAUGAGACUGGACUGGACUUGAAAUAGUGCUAAAAAAAAGAACAUGAACAUGUCAAUCUCAGCUUCUCUCUGCAAUUUCUGCGUCUUGAAGCUUCCCCCAACUUCUUCAAUUCUCCAGAAAUGCUCAUUUCAUACUCAGUUUCGCUACAAACCUUUCAUACUUCGUGCAAAUUCAAACGACGUAAUAGAAACGAAGCCAUUCGAAGAACAACCCGAACAAGAGCUAGAAAAACCCAAUGGAGUGAACAAGAUUGAAGAAGAAGAAGCCCAAGAAACUAAAAAGGCAAGCAAGAUUUCAACUUCAAAAGCAUCAAUUGUUCCUGACGUCGACAAAGACCUCAAAAAGGUCGUCCAAAAGACAGCUGCAACUUUUGCUCCAAGGGCUUCCACUGCUACCAAAAACCCCGCUGUGCCUGGAACUGCUUUAUACACUGUUUUUGAGGUCCAAGGUUAUGUGUCAAUGUUACUUGGUGGAGCUCUCUCUUUCAAUCUCAUAUUCCCAUCAAAUGAACCAGACAUUUGGAGGCUAAUGGGGAUGUGGUCUGUCUGGAUGUUCACGAUUCCUUCCCUUCGAGCCCGAGAUUGCACAAAGAACGAGAAAGAAGCCCUCAACUAUCUAUUCCUCCUCAUCCCAUUGCUAAAUGUCAUAAUCCCAUUCUUCUGGAAGUCAUUUGCAGCUGUUUGGUCUGCAGAUAUCGUGGCCUUUUUUGGGAUGUAUGCAUGGAAAUUCGGCUGGCUACAGGAAACAGAAGAAUAGUUCGAUAACAUGAUUCCUUCAGUUGGAUCGAUUGUACAAUUCUCUCCACAUUGAUUCUCCGGCUUCAUGUCUCAUGAUCCAUGUCUGAUGCAACUUACUUGAAAAAUGAAGUGGUGGAGAGGGAGGACAAGGUGGUUACAUUGUUUAGAUGAAAUAGAUUUACUUACUCAUCCUUUUGUUUUUUGCCAAUAUAAAUGGUUUUUCAUUUUCCCAAAUUAUGGUGU